UAUGGCAAAUAUAUUGUUAAGAAAGUGAUACUUUUUCGCAAUUUUGACAAAAAAACGAUACUUUUUUCCACUUUUGAUAAUUUUUGCCAUAAAUCGAAAUUUUGGAGUAUUUUUUUAAAGGAAAAAAUGAGACUUUUUGGAUUUUUUUGCAAGAAAAUACAAUUUUUAGCAUUUCUUAGUGAGAAAUAAAGUUUUUAGGCAACUUUGAAAAAAACAGAAUUGUUCCAACUUUAGGCCAAAAGCGACCCUUUGGACAUUUUUGUGAUUGGGGGGGGGGGGCAUCGUAACUGUAACGCUGAAGAUGAGACAGUGUAGCCAGUUGAAAAAGAAUUAUAAAAAGUUCAAGUUAAAAAGGUACUUUUACAUAAUUAUUAUUCAGUGCAGAUAUUUUCAACAUGUUUUUCUUGUUUUUUUUUUUUUUUUUUUUAUUAAAUUGGCCAAGAUUUGGAAAAAUUGAAUUUUCAAAAAUUUAAAAAAAAGUAACUUUGAAACUAAAAUUUAAAAAAAAGUAACCAGUUACUUUUAGUAUUUUUAGGAACUUGGUUACUUGAAAUUCAACCAAGUACGAGCCUUGCAAUGAUCAAAAAAAUUACACGUCAUAAAAAAGUUUGAAAAUCGUCCUUAGAAGAGUUUUUUUGAAUUUUUAAAAAAUCCAAUAAUGAACUGUAGUACUUGAAACUUUGAUUAUACGGGGGUUUUAGGACAUGUUUUUUCGAUCUAGCAAAUCGGAAAUUGCGAGUUCAGAAGAUCCACCUGUUAAAUAAAAGAGCGAAUAAUUAUUCAAAUCUGCUCAAUCAACCACUUCACACUUUAUUUUCAAUUUUUAACCGCCAGAAUAUCCGCAUAAUAACAUCUCAUACUCUCGUAGUAAAUCCAGAAUAAAACGCUCUUUCAACAAACAAAAAAAAGAUCGCAAAAAAACUCAUUAAUAAAUCUAAUUCCUUUUUCAAAAAUGCAUACAAUUAAAUUCCUUUUAAAAUAAAACAAAACAAAAAAAAAAGCUGGCAUCUCUACACCAGAAACAAAUACCUAAUCCGACACGAUACCAGUCUCGAGACUAUAUAAUACCCAUACAUACAACAUCUCCAAACAAGAUCACAAGAAUCCGCAUCGUGUUCGCAGUAGAAAUAUAAGCCAAGGUCACUAAUCGUCGCCCUUGCUACUCCAUUAGGAAGAAUAAUUCCCCGGAUUACGGUAAACUAUGCGGCGUCUCGGCAUUCUGCCAUUGGCUAGGCAGACGAAGUAAUCGCAAAAAAAAAAACAAGUUGCUUGACCGAUUUAUGUACAUAUCACGCUUAGGUGAACUUUAUCGGAUUUACCACUGGUAUUGAUCAUUCCGGAAGGAAAUGAAAUUUCCACCUUGGCAAUAAGACUAGCAAGAAUUGUAUAACAAAUUCGCCGAAAGGUAAGUAAAACAACAUGCACAUCAAGGGCUUAAAAAUUGUUGACGGGGAUAUUGGCCAAUCCAAUUUCAUCAAAUAUACGAAGCUAUGAUCACGAUGUUAUGUAUAGAAAUUAACACCUCAAAUAAUGAACACGAUCAACAAACCUUGCACGAAGAAAUGAUCCGGAAAUUGGCCACUGAAUCGAUUAAUAAAAAUGUACAUACCUAUCUACUCGCCGCUGAUGAAAGGCUACCAGCUUAGCCAAAACGUUCGAUACAAUCUUACUUACUGAGUAAUAAAGCUUGUAAGGUGUCGUACUAGUAUUUUUUAAAAUUUAUACACACGCGUAAUAAUUCUGCUUUUUUUUCAAUAAAAAUAUUGUGAGGUGCAUAUGUACACGCGUAAAAGUGUAGUUCAGUAGUUCUAGCAUUUUGGUCAAAACUUUGUGCUCAAAAUUUAAUUAUAUUUUGAUUGUAAAAAUUUCGCGUGUGAUAUUUCUGUGGUGAAAAAAUUUUUCAAAAAUGAAUGUUGUAGUGAUAAUUGCGUGUUUAAUCGUAAUAGUGAUUUUAUUAAAAAUUUUCGAUAAUGUUAAAAACAAAAGAACGUACGAAUUACUCAAACAAUUUCCAUCUCCUUCGACGUAUCCUUUAAUCGGAAAUCUUUAUUUGUUGUGCGGUCCGUUGAGAAAUUUGUUACCGAGAGCGGAUAAAUUAUUUGAACCUCACGAUCGCCUAGUUUUUUGGUGUAGCUCGAUUCCUGUUUUGCUUCUUAAAAAGCACGACGAUAUUAUGACAAUAUUAACCCAGAGUCAUGAUCGUGAUACGCUUGGAUUCGCAAACGAAUGGAUUGGUAAUGCGAUAUUAACCGCGAAAUACGAAGAUUGGAAAAAAUCAAGAAAAAUUCUAGCGCCGGCAUUCAGUUCACAGAUGCUUUCUAAAUACACCGAUGUCUUCAAUGAAAAAUCUUCAGCUUUAGUUCAUAAAUUCAAAGAAGUGGUGGACACUGGUGAAGUGAUUGACGUUUGGGAUCACUUGAUUAAAACCAACAUAUACACUAUUGUCGAGAAUUCGAUAGGCGUUUCAAUCAAUAAUAUAGACGGAAAAGGAGAGAAAUUCGGCGAUGCGGCAUACGAGGCAUUGGAAAAUGUAGUGCAACGCGUGAUAACACCUUGGUUACAUCCACGUUUUAUUUACCAGAUGUACCUAAAAAUUACAGGAAAAAAUCGCACCAUUGAGCAGCUGUAUCAUCUACCUACUAAAAUUUUGAAAGAAAAAAUGACGGAUUACGAGAAUGGAAAUUAUCAAUUUGACGAUGUUGAUUCAUCUAAACUGAUAAUCGACCAGAUAAUCAAAGGAGGUAUGCAUGAGGCUAGUUUCACGGAGAGCCGUAUGAGCGAUGAAUUACUACAAAUAAUCGGAGCAGCAAUGGAGACUACAGCAUUGAACGUAUGCUUUACAUUGCUCAUGUUAGCUAUUCACCAGGAUAUUCAGCAAAAAGUGUAUGAAGAAAUCAUAGGACUUUUGGCAGACGAUGAAAAACUCACUCCGAAUCAUUUAUUUAAUGAGUUGAAAUAUAUGGAGCAGUGCAUCAAAGAGACAUCUCGAAUGUACUCUCAAGUGGUAGCCACACUCAGACGUACGCAUAAGGAAUGUGUAUUAAAAGAUAACAAAAUCGUUCCGGCUAAUACGCUAGUUUUCUUGGCUAUUCAUUGGGCUCAGCACGAUAAAGACAUGUACAAAAAUCCAUUCAAAUGGGAUCCGGAACAUUUUAGUGAAGAAGCGGAACAGAAUCGGCCAAAAAACAGUCUUUUGAGUUUUGGAUAUGGGCCACGAUCUUGCCUAGGGUCUAAAUACGCAAUGAUGUCGAUCAAAACACAAAUUUCUUACAUUUUACGGAAUUAUCAUUUAUCAACGAAUGUAGAAGAAUUCACAUACGCUGAUUUACACGUGGACAUAGCGAUCAGAAGUAAAAUAGGAUACCCCAUCAAAUUUACAAGCAGGCAGAAAUCGCAUCAAUGAAAUUCCAUUUCCUGAUAUUCCUAUUCAUCUUGCUACGUGCCUACCCAAAUUUAUCGUAGCAAAAAAAAUUAUGAAAUUUUGUUCAACGCUUGAAUUGUUAACUGUGAUUUUAGGUAAUAUGAAAUAUUUAUAAGAAAAAAAAACAACCAGUGAUCAAUCAUAACUAAAAAAAAUCUCACAUUGUCUGAAAUAAUUCAUACUUAUACGCUUCCUACUAGAGGAAAUUCUUUUGAAAAUUCUGCUGAAUUUGUUUUUUGACACAAAAUUCGUACAAUGAGUUAUUCAAGUAUAAUAUGUUUUAAAAUUAAACUUCUUCAGGAAGGGUUGAUAUUUCUUGGAUUCAUUUCCUAUCCAAGGUAUUCAAUUAGAGUGUUCUUAAAUUUUUUUUUGUGCGAUAUUUUUCAUGCAGAUUGUGACGCAAUUUAGUCUUUUAUUCUUAUAUUGAGAUUUGAUUAUUAUAUUCAUAAGAGAUUUUUAUUUAUUUAUUUAUUUAUUUAUUUAUUUAUUUAUUUAUUUACAAAUCUAUUUAUUAAUUUUUCCAA